AUGGCGGAUGCUGUGGAGGAAGCGCUCCAGGGUAGCUGGGACCAGGAUCUAGCAGACGCUCUGGACUCUGGCGGUUCCGACACAGAGAUGGACAAAUUGGUCGCCCACGCCCAGGAGACUCCAGCUCAACAACGAGCAAAAAUGUGGAAAAUCGCACUGAAUGUUUCCGGGAAAGGAGACUCUCUCGCUCCUUGGGACGGCAUCCUGGAUUUACCAGAACAGACGCUUAUUCACAGUCGCAGUCAGCAGCUGAUUGACCAGCUGCAAGUAUCCGAGGAAGAGCGGGGUGACCUGGUGUCUGACGUGGAGGCUGUUGUCACUUUCUACUGCAAGUCGCGCAACAUUAGCUUCACGUCGGACCUGAGCUGGCCGCACCUUCUCAAGCCCUUGCUGGAUCUUCGGCUUCCCCGCAGCGAUCUCUACAACUGUUUCUACGCUAUUAUGAACAAGCACGUACCAAGGGACUGUGUGCCCAAAGGUCGCCCAUUCCACUUAUACAGACUCCUCCUGCAGUAUCACGAGCCAGAACUUUGCUCAUUCUUGGAUACCAAAAAGAUCACACCUGACUCGUACGCUAUUAAUUGGAUGGGCAGUUUGUUCUCCAGCCACUGCACACCCGACGUCACCCAGGCUCUGUGGGACUGUUACCUCCAGCAGGCGGACCCUUUCCUUAUUUUCUUCCUCAUGCUCAUUAUUCUUGUCAAUGCCAAAGAGACCAUCCUUGACAGAGAAGGAGACAGCAAAGAUGACAUCAUCAAAAUGCUGGAAGAAUCGCCUUCUCUACUGGACGCUGAGGACAUUGAAGAUUUGUUUUCCCUUGCUCAGUACUACCAGAGCAAGACCCCCCUGUCACUCAGAAAGAUGAACCAAAACUUGUUCGGCAGCAGCCUUGUGGCUUUGAAGGAAGAGGACAUGGACCUGAGCCAGGCGCUGUGCCUACCUGUAUCUGUUCCGGAAAUUCUGCAAGCAAACCAGCAGCAACAGGACGGGGUGCGCUUCUUUGUAGUGGAUUGCCGGCCGGCGGAGCAGUAUAAUGCUGGUCAUCUCUCCACCGCUUUCCACCUGGACUCAGAUCUGAUGCUCCAGAACCCGUCUGAGUUCGCCCUGUCAGUCAAGUCGCUCCUGGAGGCCCAGAAGCAGUCCUUGGAGUCAGGCUCCAUUGCUAGCGGCGAGCACCUUUGCUUCAUGGGCAGCGGCAGGGAGGAGGAGGACAUGUACAUGAACAUGGUGCUGGCUCACUUCCUCCAGAAAAACAAGGAGUAUGUCAGUAUUGCGAAAGGUGGCUUCAUGGCUCUACAGCAACAUCUAGUGGACAUGAACGUGGAGGGCUUGGAUUCCUCGUACAUUCACUGGAUCGUCAGCACGUCGGGUUCUCACAGUAGCCUUAGCUCGGCAGACGGGGAGUCUCUGAGUGACGGCAAAGGCGUCAAAUCGUUGGUCAACAAAAUGACUUUUGCGCUCAAGUCCAAGUCUGUGAAUGUAAAAGAGAAGAUGAUUAGCUUCAUCGAGAACACGUCCGCACCAGUGGACAGAAUAUCUUUCAAUCUGCCCUGGCCAGAGAAGGUGAUUCCUGAUAGACACGUGAGUAGCAGCGAUCGGGUGGGCAAACCUUACCGCGGGGUUAAGCCCGUUUUCAGUAUUGGUGACGAAGAGGAGUACGACACAGAUGAAAUAGACAGUUCGUCCAUGUCGGAUGACGACCGGAAAGAGAUUGUCAACGUCCAGACGUGGAUCAACAAGCCAGAUGUGAAGCAUCACAUCCCGUGCAAUGAGGUGAAGGAGACGGGUCACAUGUUCCCUAGCCACUUGCUGGUAACGGCCACCCAUAUGUACUGCCUGCGCGAAAUCGCCUCCAGGAAGGGUUUUGCUUACAUCCAAUCCAGACAAGCGUUAAGCUCCGUGGUUAAGAUCACAUCCAAGAAGAAGCACCCAGAGCUUAUCACCUUCAAGUUCGGAAGCAACAGCUCAACCGCCGGAGUGGAGAUCUCCGCUGUGGAACGAUAUCUAAUCCCAAAUGCCGGAGACGCCACCAAGGUGAUUAAACAGCAGAUCAUGAAGGUCCUCGACGCGCUGGAGAGCUCGUAG